AUGAGGGCGGCGGGCCGGCACACACCCGCGGCGGCGGCCGGAGAGCCGGGCAGCGGCAACCGCGGCGAGCAGCCCCGUGAGCACGGCCGUCCCCGGCCACUCCUGCCCCAGCCCGCGGUGUCCCCUCGGGAGCCCAGCCGAGGCUCCCCUUGGCUCCGCACUGAUGUCCCCCAGCACCGCGGCAGGUGGACCAGAGAGCCUUUCCUUGUAUUUUCUCUCCUCUGUCUUGCUGAUGAAGGCCGAGACAAAGCGGCUGUGAUUACCAGCCAAGCCGGGGUCAACCCACCAGAGGUGCCCCGCUGCGGGUACCCUGAGACCCCUGCUCCCCGGCUGCCGCGGCGGCGCUGGCUGCGCGGGCGGCGCUGGGCGCUGGCGGCCGGGCUGCUGGGCGCCGCCGCCGCCGCGCUCGCCCUGUACUCGGCGCUGCCCGAGCCGGCCCGGACGGACGACGAGCCGGUGACCGUGCUGCUGUGGUGGGAGCCCUUCGGCCGCCCGCGGCGCUUGCCCGACUGCCGGCGGCGCUACAACAUCAGCGGCUGCCGCCUCAGCGCCGACCGCAGCCGGCUCGGCGAGGCGCAGGCGGUGCUGUUCCACCACCGCGACCUGGCGCGGCACGGCGCCGAGGGGCUGCCCCGAGGGGCCCCGCCGCGGCCCCCGCGCCAGCGCUGGGUGUGGAUGAACUUCGAGUCGCCGUCGCACUCGCCCGGCCUGCGGGGGCUCGCCGGGCUCUUCAACUGGACCAUGUCCUACCGCCGCGACUCCGACGUGUUCGUUCCCUAUGGAUAUCUCUACGCCCCGCCGGCGCCCCGGCCCUUCGUCCUGCCCCGCAAGACGCGGCUGGUGGCCUGGGUCAUCAGCAACUGGAACGAGGAGCACGCCCGGGUGCGCUACUACCGCCAGCUGAAGGAGCACCUGCCCAUCGACGUGUACGGGGCGCGGGGGCUGGCGCUGGCCGAGGGCGGCCUGGUGGAGACCGUCUCAGCCUACAAGUUCUACCUGGCCUUCGAGAACUCCCAGCACACCGACUACAUCACCGAAAAGCUCUGGAGAAACGCUUUCUCCGCCAGCGCCGUGCCCGUCGUCCUCGGACCUCGCAGGGCCAACUACGAGCGCUUCAUCCCCCCCGAUUCCUUCAUCCACGUUGACGACUUCCCCAGCCCCCGGCUGCUGGCCACCUACCUGAAAUUCCUCGAUAAAAACAAACCCAACUACAGGCGGUACUUUGCCUGGAGGAAGAAGUACGAAGUCCACGUCACCUCGUUCUGGGAUGAGCAUUUCUGCAAGGUCUGCGAGGCUGUUCGGACAGCUGGGAAUCAAAUCAAGACUGUUCAAAAUCUGGCCAGCUGGUUUGAAAGCUGAUGUUCCUGGAAGAUGAGGCGUGCUGGACAGCCUGGGCCAAGCGCCAAGGUGUCAGGCAGGAUGGGUCUCACAGAGAUCAUUAGCCCAGGUAGUCGGCAUUAGCCACAGGAGACUGGCAUCACUUGGAGAAGCACACAGGUACAGGAAAACAAGCUGUGAAAAGCCUAUAAAAGGAAGAUUUUUAUUAAAGAGAAAAUUAUGAAGGCGCAAAGAGACAUUAUGCCAGAUGAUUCCUAAAGAGCAAAGUUAAAUUUCCAGAAGUUGCACAGUUACAGAACUUUUAAAUUUCUGCACAGCUCA